AUGCAGCCUUUUGACGGCAAACCAUUUCAAGGUUACAAGCAGUAUUGGAAAAGUCAAGGGGUUUCCCCCGGAAUUGACGAUGUCGACGAAGAGAAAACAUACUUCUUCCAGGGCUUCUCUACUGUCCGCGAGACGUCAUUCAACCCCGAUGUUAUCACGAACGCAUGUGCCGACAGAGGCAUUGUGCCAAUUGAUCAGUCCAAGGUCGGCCAACCACUUUGA